UGUUUAGCUCGUGGGCGUUUCCGCUUUUGUUCCGAGCUAAGGCGGAGACCGUGAGGUAGCAGGCAGCGUUAUCAAUUAGCAGCAAGGAUAACUCGUGACGGACUGCAACACUGCCACCUGCUGCCAAGAAAACCUUUUAACUCCCCACAGACUGUGGAGCAACAAUGCCUCCUCCAAUCCGCCACCGCAGCAUGCGUGUCUUCAUGAAUGAUGACCGCCACGCCAUGGCCAAACACUCUGCCAUCUACCCGACUCAGGAGGAGUUGGAAAGUGUCCAGAACAUGGUGUCUCACACGGAGCGGGCUCUCAAGGCUGUUUCCGACUGGCUAGAUAAACAGGAGAAGGGAACCUGCAAGUCUGACCCUGACAGCACAGAUGCUAAUAAAGAAAGUGAGCACAAAGAUCAGGCCACCCGCUCUCUGCGUGGUGUAAUGAGGGUGGGCCUGGUUGCCAAGGGCCUGCUACUGAAGGGGGACCUGGACCUGGAGCUGGUGCUGCUCUGUAAGGACAAGCCCACCAUCAGUCUGCUGAAGAAAGUGUCUGAAAACCUGGUUACACAGCUCAAGCUGAUCACAGAGGAGAAGUAUGUGGUGAGCCAGAACAUCCACGAGGCCAGCAUUGUCAUCAAGAACACCAAGGAGCCCCCCCUGACCCUCACCAUUCACCUGACAUCCCCUCUGGUUCGUGAGGAGGUGGAGAAGGCUGCUGCUGGAGAAACGCUUUCAGUCAACGAUCCCCCGGAUGUUCUGGACAGGCAGAAAUGCCUGACUGCCUUGGCAUCUCUCCGCCACGCUAAGUGGUUCCAGCUGGAUGUUUAUGUUGCUGUCUGGUCCAUCUGGUCUUCCUCUUUGACUGAGACAGUGCGCCCUCCUCGUGCCCCUCCUUCCCUCCACCCCUGCUUGUGUCCCCAGGCCAGAGCCAAUGGGCUGCGCUCCUGUGUCAUCGUCAUCCGGAUCCUAAGGGACCUGUGUGCCCGUGUCCCAACAUGGGCCCCGCUUCGUGGCUGGCCACUGGAGCUGAUCUGUGAGAAGGCCAUCGGCACCGGGAACCGGCCCAUGGGGGCAGGGGAAGCGCUGCGCAGAGUUUUAGAGUGUCUGGCUUCAGGAAUCCUCAUGGCAGAUGGUGCUGGAAUCUCUGAUCCAUGUGAGAAGGAACCCACAGAUGCUAUCAGUCACUUGGACUACCAGCAGAGAGAGGAUAUCACAGCGAGUGCACAGCAUGCCUUAAGGUUGGCAGCGUUCGGACAGCUUCACAAAGUGCUUGGAAUGGACCCCCUUCCCUCAAAGAUGCCCAAGAAACCUCGCAGUGAGACGCCUAUUGACUACACAGUGCAAAUCCCACCCAGUACGGCAUACGCCCCACCGAUGAAAAGGCCCAUUGAGGAAGAGGAGGGCACUGAUGACAAGAGUCCCAAUAAGAAGAAGAAAAAGCUGCAGAAGAAAUCUCCAGAGGAGAAGGCGGAGCCUCCUCAGGCCAUGAACGCUCUGAUGAGGCUCAACCAGCUGAAGCCUGGUCUUCAGUACAAGCUGAUAUCACAGACGGGCCCGGUUCAUGUUCCGGUCUUCACUAUGGCUGUAGAGGUGGAUGGCAAGACCUUUGAGGCUUCUGGUCCAUCCAAACGCACUGCCAAGCUGCAUGUGGCUGUGAAGGUCCUGCAGGACAUGGGUCUGCCCACAGGAGUGGAACUGAAGACUGUGGAGUCAAUAAAAACAGAGGAGGUGGCUGUAGCUGUGGAGGAGUUGAAGCCAGUAGUCACACCCGUUGAAACCACAACUGCUGCUACAGGAGCAGCCAGUGCAGACGCCACUGAUGCUGUGGAGACUGCUCGCCAGCAGGGACCAAUCCUGACUAAACAUGGCAAGAACCCUGUGAUGGAGCUCAACGAGAAGCGCCGUGGCCUCAAGUAUGAGCUGAUCUCAGAGACUGGAGGCAGCCAUGACAAACGCUUCGUCAUGGAGGUGGAGAUCGACGGCCAGAAGUUCCAGGGUACAGGAUCCAAUAAGAAGGUGGCCAAGGCUUACGCAGCCCUGGCCGCUCUGGAGCGCCUCUUCCCUGAGGGCUCCAUGGCCGAGGCUGCUAAAAAGAAGAAGGGACCACCCAUGCAUGCUCCAGGCUUUGGCAUGAUGGGAGCCUCUGGAGGUGCUGAUGCAGUGACGCCCCGGGGCAGAGGGAGAGGGGGCCGAGGUCGUGGACGGGGCAGGGGCUUCAACAAUGGAGGAGGCUAUGGCCAAGGAGGUGGUUUUGGAACGUAUGGUUACGGGAACAGCGCGAACUCCGGAUACAAUUACUACAACAAUGGUGGCACAAACGGAGGAGCCGGGGCAUCAAGCAGCCCGUUAGGUGGCCCUCCAGCCAGCACACCACCAGCAUCAGCACAGGGCUCUUAUGGGUCAUACUACCAGAAUGACGGAGCCUACGCUGCCACUUCUGGCGUGAAAACCCCCAAAAAGAAACCCCCCGUGCACAAGGGAGGGAAGUCAUCCUAUUCAGGUGCCAUGGGUGGGAGCAGUGGAUCAGCAGCAGGCUACCAGUCCAGCAGCCCCUCAGGGCAGGGCUCCUAUAACCAGUAUAACCCGGGCUAUGGGCAGGGCAAGAAGAGCUUCAACCAGAACCAGGGGGGAACAGGUGGAUACUCGUACAGCACCGCCUACCCGAGCCAGGUGACGGGGGGUGCUGGGAGUAGCCAGGACUACAGUUACGAAGGGUUCAACAACCAGUCCAGCUACAACCCACAGGGCGGUGGAGGAGGUGGCAGCCAGGGCUUUGGAAACAACCACUGUCAGUACCACAGCCCGGCAGGCUACGGCAGAGGCGACGGCAGCAUGAACUACCAGUACAGAUAGACGCCAUCACUCACCCGGUGGCUCCAGCCUUCUCCAAAGAAAGCGAUUGACGGCCCGCCUGUGCUCUCUGCCUUCUCUGUGUUUGCUUUGUAUGUGCAUUUGGAUUGAUAUGUAGCACAUGUGAGCACACAACAUGACAGAUCUGGACAUUUUAUUUGUCAGAGCUGAGUUUAGUGGUCUGGUCAGUGCUUGGUCCUGUGUUUUAUUUAGGUUCUUCUUUAUUUUUUAACCUGUGCUACCGGUCCUCAUUGUCAUCAGUAAACAUGAAGGCUGAAGUUACUCACUCACCUGCUCUGACUUGGUUUGUGUUCUCACAGAGUUGUGUGGCGGCACCAUUUAUUUUCUAAUGUGAAACUUGUAAAACUUCUUGUAGUUGUAAACUACAAAGGCGAUUGUAUUUUUUGUAACAUUUCAAUAGACCUGAAUAGCUUGUUCUGUUCUUCAUUGCUUGUAAUUUUGGCUUAUUUUGUAACUUACCUGAUGUGAUGUAGUUAUUUUAAUAAACAGUUUUGCAGAUUACUGGAAAA